UUUAAGAGACUGGAGUGAGGUUAAACCCUAUCUAUCCCCCUAAUCUGGAAAUCGAUGAUGAGAAGCCUAAUCUCAGGCGCCAAGGUCUUCGCGCGAUGGGGAACGACGGCGUCUUGUCGCAGCUACAGCCUGAUCCCGAUGGUGAUAGAGCACUCGUCACGAGGUGAGCGAGCAUACGACAUCUUCUCUCGUCUCCUCAAGGAGCGCAUAAUCUGCAUCAACGGUCCUAUCAACGACGACACCGCCCAUGUCGUCGUCGCGCAGCUUCUGUUUCUCGAGUCUGAGAACCCAUCCAAGCCCAUCAAUAUGUACCUCAAUUCUCCUGGUGGCCACGUCACUGCAGGUCUUGCAAUUUAUGAUACUAUGCAAUAUAUACGGUCACCAAUCAAUACAAUCUGUUUGGGUCAGGCCGCAUCAAUGGCUUCGCUUCUCUUAGCUGCGGGUGCCAAGGGUGAGAGGCGGUCACUACCCAAUGCGUCGAUUAUGGUUCAUCAGCCUUCAGGUGGGUACAGCGGACAGGCAAAAGAUAUGACAAUUCACACAAAGCAGAUUGUCCGUGUGUGGGAUUCACUAAAUGCAUUGUAUUCAAAGCAUACAGGGCAGUUGAAAGAGAUUAUCGAGAAGAAUAUGGAUAGGGAUAACUUCAUGACCCCAGAAGAGGCAAAGGAAUUUGGAAUAAUUGAUGAAGUGAUUGAUGAAAGACCAAUGACUCUGGUCACUGAUGCUGUUGGCAAAGAAGGCAGAGAAAAGGAUAAGAGUUCAAACUAGCUUGAGAGAUUUAGGUUUCAGUGAGGAACAUUAGCUCUUUUACAGAUUGGUCUUUUUUUAACAUGUCCUGAUUCAUAUUCUUGAUUUUAACAUGAUUUCGUUAUUCUAAAUCUUU